CGGGAAGCAAAACUCGCGAGCGCCGCUGUCAAACGCCAUUGCACCCGCCGCCGCAGCCGUACGCAUGCGCGGCAAUUUCGCGCGCGAUCUUCACUUACGAUAUUUUUUAAAAGUUUUUUUUGUUUUUUUUUUCUUUUAGUUUGCAAAGUGAAUUAGAGUUUUGUGCGUGUGUAGAAUAUUGUUUUAAAAAAUGAAAUACAAGAUCAAAGAUGUGGACGCGGAGGCUCCGGCGGCGGCCAAACUGGCUGAGAAACUAGAACGAACAGUACGGUGCUCAUCGGUCUUAAUCGGAGCCCUAGGAGUAUCCCUGAUCGCCCUCGCAGUGUACACCGCUCUGUUGGUGCUUACGGAGCACUGGAGCCCUAGGCCGUGUGUCAGCGAGGAAUGUGUCGGGACCGCAUCCCGCGUGAUCGCAGCCCUCAACAAAGACGCGGACCCCUGCACGGACUUCUACGAGUUCGCAUGCGGAGGCUGGAUCAAGCAGAACCCUGUGCCGGAAUGGGCGACGUCCUGGGACCAGCUUGCGAGAUUACGAGAGCGACUAGUGGCAGAUCUGCGAGAUCUACUGGAAAUGGAAGACGAUCCUAGUUUACCACAGAGCGUCCUUAAAGCCAAGACGUUAUACAAAACUUGCAUUAAACUUGAUAAACUAGAAACGGAAGGAAUCAAACCAAUCCAGAAGAUUCUAGAAGAGUUAACCCUCCCGUCGCGUCCGCCGAGCGAAGCCUCCGCUAAUUUCAGCUGGGAGUCAGUGGCGGGGCAGGGGAGAAGAGAAUUAGGUCUGAGUGUAUUGCUGAGCGUGCAGGUGGCUGAGGAUGUCCGGAAUACCAGCAGGAACCGAGUCGUGGUCGAGCAAGUAUCUCCAGGCUUCAGCGAGCGUUAUCUCCUAGCCCCUAAGCAGUUCGCACACGAGUUGGAACAAUACCACACUUACAUCAAGGAUAUGAUCUCCAUAGCUGACCCGCCUACCAACGCGACGGACUUUGCUGACGACAUCGUGGCUUUCAGCAAGAGUUUAGCCAAGAUUAUGACCCCAGUAGAGGUCCGUAGGAGCGGCACACACUUGUUCCACGAGGUCAGCGUGAAGCAGCUCGUCCAGGGGUCCUCGGGCGGCCCGGCGCAGUGGAAGGAUCACGAUUGGGAGAAGUACCUAGAGCUGGUCUUCUCCAACACAAGCGUGGUGUUAGACCAGGACGCGGACCGGGUCAUCGUCAUGGACCUGCCGUACCUGCAGAAACUGGCCGUGCUGCUGACGGAGACCAAACCUGUUGUCAUUGAACGUUUCCUCUGGUGGAGCGUCUUCUCCACCGUGGCCCCGAUGACCCUCAGCGCCUUCCGUGACCUUGGUUUCGCGUUCAGCAAAGCUGUGUUCGGGCUGCAGCAGAGAACACCCAGGUGGAAGAGCUGUACGGCUAAUGUCAACGCUAACUUUGGAGUGGCGUUGAGCUAUUUGUACGUGAAGAGGCAUUUUGACCAGACUUCUAGACAAAAGGCCAUAGAGAUGGUAGAAGACGUACGCUCCGCGUUCGCCGCGGCCGUGAAGGAGCUGGACUGGAUGGACUCCACCACCAGACUGAAGACUCUAAACAAGACCAGUGCCAUAAGGAACUUCGUAGGCUUCCCUGCCUGCUUACUCACAGGCGAGCAGCUAGUCAAACAUUACAAACAUGCCGAAGUGGUACCAGACAACCUGUUUGAGACCUACUUGAAACUGACGAGGGCUGCCGUCAAAAAAUCCUUGGAAUCACUGCGAGAAACGCCCGACAGAAACAGAUGGGUCGCUACAGCCACGACAGUCAACGCUUUCUACUCGGCCACUCUCAACUCAGUCACGUUCCCUGCUGGAAUAUUACAGCCGCCUUUCUAUGGCAAUGGAAUCGAGGCUAUCAACUACGGAUCGAUCGGUGCAAUUAUGGGCCACGAAGUGACACACGGCUUUGAUGAUCAAGGCCGACGUUACGACGAAAUGGGCAACCUGAAGCAGUGGUGGUCUGCGGCAACCCUGGAGCACUACCACGGACGAGUGUCCUGCAUCAUUGACCAGUACAGCAAGUAUCAUCUGCCGCAGCUGCCUAACUAUACGGUGCACGGCUUCAACACGCAAGGCGAGAACAUCGCCGACAACGGCGGGCUCCGCGCCGCGCUCCAUGCCUACCAGCUCUUCACUAAACGGGAACCAGCGGCAAGAAGGGAUACUUUGCCAGGACUACCGCAAUAUAAGCCUGAACAGCUCUUCUUCUUAGGGUUUGCACAGAUUUGGUGCGGUAACUCCACAAUAGGCGCCCUAAAAUCUAAAAUGGUGGAAGGAGUGCACAGCCCCAACAAAAUUCGAGUGAUAGGGACUUUAAGCAACUCUAAAGAAUUCGCGGAGGCGUGGCAGUGUCCGCUAGGGUCGCCUAUGAACCCGGAACAUAAGUGUGUGUUGUGGUGAAACUGUGAUGUGGUGCCAAACGGGACCCACUGGGCGUGGUUUAGUGAAAUAGAUCCAGUGCUCUACGCUUAUGCAUUAAGGGCCAGUUGCACCAACCACAUUUGACAGACUGAUCAACGUCAGCCGGCGCGCCCCGGCACAUUACUAUGAAGUAUUCCAAACAUAAAAAUUUAGCGAACUCUUUAACGAUACGAACAGUUUGGUGCAACCGACCCUAAAUCUGCGUUGCGGAUUUCCAAAAAGUUGGAAAAGUUCUCGGAAAUGGAAAAUUUCGAUGCCUAUAGAAAAAUACAAGAAUUCACAAACUUUCCCAAGGCACAAUGAUGAUAUGAUACAUAAAAUAUUUAUCAUAACUAUUACUUACGCUGCUAACAAUGAUAAUUCAGAAAUCCCUUGUCUAAAUAUGGCAAAAGGGCCGCAACUACUUUAUGAACUGUAUCCAUUUACUAAACUUUCGUCUAUUAUUCGUAAGUUACCGGGAAGUUACCGCCUUAAAAUAAGACGCGUAUACCUAUUUAUGUAGGUUGAAGUCAUUUGUACUUAUUUUAGGUUAUUUUAGUUUUAUUAUGAGAGUUGGCAGUUGCCUAUCUAAUCUUGGCCGAAGUACGUCAGUUUGUUACUCAAGAAUUUGAUGCGCAGCGUAUGUUACUAAACAUUAGCACUUAAGAGUGAGGUUUUUAGACAAAAAACAUUAUUUUUUUGUCGUGAAUAAGAUCCUUUAUGAUUCAAAGGUUCGGUUUCGGCCAAAAUACUGCCGAACCUUUCGUUCGCGCCAAAACUGUAUUUUUGGAGUCGUGUCCGACCGGAAUUUCCGUUUCGCCGUGGACAUCAUGAUUCUGCUACGGCCGAAACUAGAGCAAACCCGAACCUAUCGUUUCGGUUUCGGCAAAAAAUCCGGAUCCGUUCGGACACUAUCUAUAAUCUUUAUACUAUUUCAAUUUCCAUUUUUUUACUCUGCGUAUCGGCCAAGACAGGACAAGACUAUACAGGGUGUUACUGACCAUGGGGCUUUAAAUCCAGGGCUCGAUUCUACUCGCUAAACUGAGCUAAACUACUUUUAUUGUGGCACCAACCCCGAAAUCCUGAAAAAAAUGUUUACUUUUUCAUACAUUUUGGCUGAUCAGAUAUCGACGUUUUCUAUGGAAAAGCCAAAAAAAUUCCCCGAUUUUAGGGUUGGUCCCAUAGUAAAAGUUGCUCAAUUUAGCGAGUAAAAUCAAGCCCUGGAAUUAAGGCCCCAUGGUCAGACACAUACUGUAUGUGGAGUAUCCUGAACGAAUGUAUUGAUUUAAUGUAGAAAUCUAGAAAUUAUAGAACAUAUGAAUGUGAUAAUGUUUUAUAAGAAUAGUUUUAAGAUUUAGAUUGGCACGAAUACUAAGGCUGGAAAUAUUUUAAAAAUGAGAUUAUACCUACAUUGGAUGUAUUCGAUAUAGUAGGGAAAAUGUUUAUGGAGAUAAUUUGUUAAAAAAAUAUUAUGUUGUGUGUAAGAGAUUUUAUAAAAAUGUGACUAUAAUAUUCGUUGCAGC